UUUACCUUCAAGUCAGACCAAACUUCUCUCUAUAUAUAUAUCUCUCUGCACAUUCAUACGUUUCUCAGAAUCAAAAACAAACCAAUCGAAACGAGAAGAAGAAUAUUAACAAGAAAGAAGAAAAGCUAUGACAGGAGGAAGAGGAACAGAAGCGUUUCCUGAUCUUGGAGAGCAUUGCCAAAACCCUGACUGCAAACUCCUCGACUUUCUCCCCUUUACUUGUGACGGUUGCAAACUGGUGUUUUGUUUGGAGCAUAGAUCAUACAAGUCACACGAUUGUCCAAACUCAGACCACGGAAGCAGAACAGUUUCCAUCUGCGAAACAUGUUCUGUAGCAAUCGAAACAACUGGUUUCGACGAACAAGGAAUCAAGUCUUUACUUGAGAGACACGAAAGAUCUGGAGAUUGUGACCCAAGAAAGAAGAAGAAACCAAUCUGUCCUGUUAAGCGUUGCAAAGAGGUUUUGACAUUUGCGAACAACAUUACUUGCAAGGAUUGUGGAGUUAAGUUUUGUCUGAAACAUCGGUUUCCGACGGAUCAUGUUUGUAACAAGAAGACUGUUGCUAACUCAUCAGGAGCAAGGUCGAGGUGGAAUGAGAAGUUUAUGGAAGCUUUGAGUUUGAGGAAUGAGAAAGGAUGUGGAAGAGGAACAACAACUUCUGUUUCAUCAAGUUCUUCUCCAUCGAUUAGGUCCUUUUAGUUUUUUUUUUCUUAAUUGCAUCAACAAAAAGUUUCUCAUGUAUGAUUAAUUCUCCUUUGUUUUCAAGAGCAUCCUAAUAUUUGCUUAAAACCGAUGUAUGUUACAAUAUACAAAACGAGUGUAUGUGCCCAUCCCUGUUUGAUGUAAAGACACAUAUUCUGAUACUAGCUGUGGUUUCUUUUAUUUCUUCUGAUGUAAUAGUCUGCAUUACAUCAAAUGAUUGAUGUUUGUGUUUAUUAGUAUGUAACAAGAAGAUAUGUUUAUAGGCUUUUGCCAGGUAAAUCAUUGUCAGGAGUUGUGAAAAGCAUACAGCAC